AGUUUGGUAGUUUUCCAAGUUUUUAACUGAGCUUUGUUGGUAGUUAACUCUGCAGACAAGAUCAGUGGCAAUGAUGAAUCUAAAGUCAGUGAUGAAAGGUUGUGGCUUGAAUUGGGGUUUGGUGAUAAUUCUUCAGAGGAAUUAUUGAGGAAGAUCUGCUUUUAGAGUCACAACUUAGCAAGCUGAAGUUUAGACUUGACAAGGUGCAAUCUCAAGUCUUGGAGAAGUGUCCUAUAUCCCUGAUGUAACUGAAGGCAUGGAUCAGUCUCAUCUCGGGUGUGCAUUUAUAAAGAAUGAAGAUGAAAUAUUGAUAUAUGAUGAGAGGUUGAAACAAGAUAGAAACAAUUUUGAUGAAGUCCAUAUGCAGCCUAUGGAAAAGCCCCAGGUAGCAAAGGACGAGCCGCAUAGCACUGUCACUACAGUUAUUGCUGGACCUGACCAGCAAACAGAUAAUCAACCACCUCCAAAAGUACGGUCCAUUGCCAAGCUUACUGCCACCAAGAGCAGGAGGAAAAAGGGGAGACGGAAGGCUUCCUCUGGGAGGUGGAGCCGCAGAUCCUCCAGUUAGCUCUCACAUUACUACUCUUUUCAAUUGCUAAACCAGGUGGGAGGACGAGGAGUUUAAAAGUCCUGGCAAGUAGUGUACUCUACUGAGGAACUUGUACAUGGAAUUCUAUUAUCGCACUAUAUUUUCCAAGUAUUUCUUUUUUUUUUUUUUUGUAGAGAACCUGUACAUACCUGUUCUUGGAACUAGUUCUGUAUACGUGGAAUUUUCUAUUUUGCAUAAGAUGUGAUUGAGUAGAAAUUAAUAAGAUAGAUGUCCUCCGCG